AUGCUCAAGACUGUAGAGAUGAUCAUGGACUUCAGGAGGCAUUCUUCGCUACAACUGCCCUGUGUCAACCGCCAAGACCUUCAAGUUCCUGGAAAAUACACUCUCGGAGAGUGGGAGACCAACAGCAACUCCAUCCGCAAAAAGGCCCUUCACAGCAUGUACUUCCUGAGGCUUCUGAGGAAGCAUGGAACGGCCUACAUUGCUGAACUUUUGGUGGAAAGUAAUGUCACAGUACAAGCGCAGACCAUCCUGUCACUCUUUGACACGGUACCCAAUCUCCAGGUGCAAGAUGCCAGUGGAACUUUCCACACAGUGACGCUUGUUGACAGUGGACUGGUUGCAGAUUGUAAAAUUUUUGGAGAUGAUUACUCUUGCAAGUGUUCUGAUGGCUACAUUUGGAGCAAUGAAGUGUGCUACAACUUCAGCUGCUGUAAUGAAAGUAUAUGCAAGCACAAUGUGUUGACAAUCACACCAGUCUGCAUCACCAAGGUCCAAGUUCACCUCAGUGGAACUUCAACACUGAACAGAACCACAUGGGAUUCAAACAAAACUGAACAGCUUGAAACUGCCUUUCGAGGACUUAAUGGUUUUGAACACCUGAACAUUACUGGCCUGAGGCUGUCCAACCGUACUGUGGACUUUGAGGUGGAUCUUAGCGUCAAAUUUGAAAUGUCUCUACUCCAAGGCAUUGUGUCUACUUUGGAAGCCAGUCUCGGAGCUGUUUUCAGUAUCAACUCUGUAGGCUUGGUCACCAUAGAGUCAACAGAACCUUCCGUACCUUACAUGUCUGAGUCAACACUGAAAUGCACGUUCGAGGAGGCAUCGAGCAGCUCUGGCUGGAAAAUCACCAGAAUGGAUGAGUGCCUGGAGCUAUAUAACGGCAGUGUGGUGAAACUGGACUCCAGCUGUGCCACAAAAGAAUACAAAUCUUGCACCAUUGUGACCCUUCAUAAUUUAACAAGCGUUUGGACAGGCACCUAUGAAUGUGAAUUCUCCAGUGGGUCAAUCAGGCAUACAGCAACGACAGAACUAAGAGUGGCGCCCCUGCCUGAGCAUAUCUUCAUGACAGCCAAACCUGUUACGGUGGCCUGCUCUAACAGAGCUGCAAAUGUGACAGUAGACAUAACUGCCACUGUCUACAACGACAAUGACAACUAUGAAGUGCGGUGGAGCUACAAAGGUGGAAAUGAAAUGCAAUCUGCUGCGGAUUCAUUAGGCUACUAUUUCAAAGUUGUAAUCAGCUGCAAGAAAACAACUGAAGCACAUUAUGUGACUGUCACCUUUAAAAACAACAAGGAUCAAGAAAAAACUGCAAGACUGGACAUUCCAGUAAUUUACGAGGGUGACAAAUUCUGCAAAGAAGAUGAUUUGUGGCCAAAGACCCCAAGUGGAGACACAGUGAUUAAGCAAACAUGUCCAGAAGGCAGGGUUGGCUACGAGACGCGCACUUGCACAGGAAACAAGUGGCAGUCAGUGGUCUCCAAAUGUGUCAGCUGCCAUUUGUUUAACCUUUCAAGAGCAGCAGAGAACUUCAUGACAGGACAAGGGGCAACUCCAGAGGCGGCUGUGGCUAUUUUUAAAGGUCUUCGGAACAGUUCUAUGUUGCAUUCAAACUCAAGUGGCAGGAUGGCUGACCUUACUGUAUCUAUCCGCAUUCUUGAGUUGAUGGCUAAUGCGUCAGAAAGCAAUACCCUACAGAAUAGUGUUUUACCGGACUUCAUACAUGCAGCAAGUAAUAUGUUGGACCAAACCUGGGAUGGAGGCAACAACACCCCUGUUAUUCAUGACAUGUCGUCACAUUUUCUUAGGUCUGUGGAAGGUUUGGUGAAGAACAUCCAAAUCAACAGUGAGGAAGGGUUCAUCACUCACAAUUUAGCCCUCAACCUCUGCCCAGGUGGUCACUGUGAAGUGACAAUGUUCAAUAUCAUGAUAAAUAUGAACAAAACCUCUGGAUCAUCAAAAAUACUUGGUGUGAAAAAUCUGACGGAUAAAUUACUAAACAACUUCCCCAAUAUGGUGCCAUCUCCAAUUUUAAUAUCUGCAUCACUGGAAAACAAGGAAGAGUCAUUUCUGCAAAUUAGUUUGGAAUUCGCCAAGGAGCAGCCGAACUCCGGAAAACCUUUGUGUGUGUUCUGGAACAGCGCAGGGAGGUGGUCAGAGGAAGGAUGCACUGCAAAACGUGACACUGGUAAUAACACCCUCUGUGUGUGCAACCACUUGACCGCAUUCUCCGCCCUCUGGUUCAACAGUGGCAAAUCUCCAGCAACCCUUUCAACAAUUACAACAGUAGGUCUGAGUGUGUCCAUUUGCUCCUUGAUCAUCUUUCUUAUGAGUCAGUUUCUGGUGUGGUCAGCGGUGGUGAAAACAAAUCUUUCCUAUUUUUAUCACACAGUCAUGGUGAAUAUUGCCGGAUUCCUCUUGCUUGCCCAGUGCAGUUUCUUGGUUUCCUCAAUAAUCAAUCUCUCAAAACAUCCCCCAUGGUGCGUCAUUGUGACAGUCUGCAAACAUCUCUUUUUCUUGGCCACUUUUUGCUGGAUGCAGUGUAUGAGCUUUGUGCUCGUCCACCAUCUGAUCUUUGUUUUCAGUCCACUGAGAAAAAGGGUUUUCACGUUUCUCUCCAGCAUGGUCGGCUACGCCUGCCCAGUGCUCAUAGUGGGAUUCACCUACAUGUAUUGUAAAUAUAGCAACCAGGAUUACUAUGAUGAAAACUGUUGGCUUGUUUUUAAAAAACCCUUGCAGGGCUCCUUGUGUUCUUUUCUCCUCCCAGUUGGAACCAUUACUUUUACAAAUCUCUGUUGUGUGGUGAUUGUCAUUGUCACUCUGAUGAAGACUCCAGGCCCUGAUGGCAGCAAGGCAGAUCACAAAGAGACAGCCAAAAGUAUACUCAAAGUGGUGUUCUUUAUGACGCCAGUGUUUGGACUAACAUGGACAACUGGAUUCCUUUUGUACAUGGUGGACCGCAACACACUACUUUUUACUGUUAUGGACUACAGUUUUUGCAUCCUCAAUUCCUUUCAGGGAGUUUUCAUUUUGCUGUCAGGCUGUUUUGCAGAGCAGAAGGUUCGAGAGGAACUGUUAAAGCUCAUAACGGUGUAUUCAAAAAGAAGACCUGAGAACAUUAAAACAGCCACCACAUGCAUGAAAAGCAAGUCUUGAGUCUUGAGGACAGCCCGUGCU